CGCCUCGUCAGCACGCGAAACACGCCAAUUCACCGGCCCAAAUCCCAAUUCACCACGAACGACGGAACGAGUCGCUCUCCAGGCAGCAGCGGGCAGCAGAUGGUGGUGAGGGGGGACGCGGAAGAGGCGGCGGCGGGGUGCCGCGCGCGGGCGGCGCUGCUGGGCGCGUACGAGCUGGGCCGCACGCUCGGGGAAGGCAGCUUCGGCAAGGUGAAGCACGCGCGGCACCGCGCCACGGGGGGGCACUUCGCCGUGAAGAUCCUGGACCGCGGCAGGGUGCUCUCCCUCCGCGGCGCCGACGACCAGGUCCGCAGGGAGAUCGCCACGCUCACCAUGCUCGCGCACCCAAACGUCGUCCGCCUCCACGAGGUUGCUGCUAGCAAAACAAAGAUCUACAUGGUGCUUGAGUUUGUCAAUGGAGGAGAGCUGUUUGACAGGAUUGCAAUGAAGGGAAAACUAUCCGAACGAGAAGGAAGAAGACUUUUUCAGCAGCUAAUUGAUGGCGUGAGCUAUUGCCAUGGAAAGGGUGUCUACCACAGAGACCUUAAGCCUGAAAACGUUCUGAUUGACCGAAAAGGCAACAUCAAGAUCUCUGAUUUUGGUCUAUGUGCUUUACCUCAACAUCUCGGGAAGGAUGGAUUGCUGCAUACAACUUGUGGUAGCCCCAACUAUAUUGCACCUGAGGUUCUGCAGAACAGAGGUUACGACGGAUCACUGUCGGAUAUCUGGUCUUGUGGAGUAAUUCUUUACAUAAUGCUCAUAGGCCAGCUUCCGUUUGAUGACCGAAAUAUGGUUGUUCUUUAUCAGAAGAUUUUCAAGGGUGACACUAAGAUCCCGGAGUGGCUUUCGCCUGGUGCACAAAACCUUCUUAAGAGGAUUCUUGAACCAAAUCCGAUGAAGAGGAUCAAUAUGGCAGAGAUCAAACUACACGAAUGGUUUCAGAAAGACUAUACUCCUGUUGGUCCAUAUGAUGACGAUGAUGAAGAUGUACGGCUUGGUGCAAUUCUGCCUGUCAAACAGCAAAUUAGUGAAGCACCCGGAGACAAGAGUACUCAUCAGAUGAAUGCUUUUCAGCUGAUCGGAAUGGCAUCUUCCCUCGAUCUUUCAGGGUUUUUUGAGGAAGAGGGAGUGUCCCAGAGAAAGAUCAGGUUCACAUCAACACUUACACCAAAGGAUUUGUUCGACAAGAUUGAUGUCUCGGCGACGCAGUCGGCGUUUCAUGUUCAGAGAGCGCAUAGCAAGCUAAAAAUAACAGGCAAUUGUAAUGGACUGAACAACCCUUCGCCAUUCUUAGUCUGUGCCGAGGUGUUUGUGCUUGGCCCCUCUCUGCAUGUUGUGGAGCUUAGGAAGUCCCAGGGUGACACUGCAGUGUACAAAAAGCUCUGCGAUAGGAUCUCGAGUGAUCUGGGGAUUGACAAUAUUUUCGGGAUGGGGUCGCUCUUCGAUGAAAACCUCCCUAACUUCGACAGCAGAGCCGCGACACCACUGGUUGCCUUGUGAUGAGUGAUGUGCUGUAGGUACCCCAACUGACGUGAUGUUGUAGGACGCUAGGGUCAUAGCUGUUUAUUGAUUGGAAAUGACGAUGAUGGUGUAAGGAUUAGGAUCGUACAGUGUACAUAACUACAUACAGAUAGUCGAGUGAUGAAACUGACUACCAGCGAUGUAAUCAUUUUUUGCGCGAGAAGGCUAAAGGCCUUAUAUUAAAGUCUGACCAACCUUUACAAGGUUAUCAUUACAUAAAUGAAAAAUUACUCGCCAUCUUC